AAGAGGAGGAUUGGCAGUAGUUAGCUCAGGGCUACUCUUGCUCAAAAAAAAAAAAACUCGCAUCAGCUCUGCUGUGGGGCCAGCCCUGGUGCUGGUCCAGUCUUCCAGAAGAAGUAGCCUAGAGCCAGAGAGAACCUGGUGGGCACUGAGGCCCGGCCCCGUCUGCCACUUCACACUCAGGACUUCCUCCCCCCUCACAGCCACCCUCUGACCAGGUGAGGAAGUGGAGAUGUGCAGAGGUCAGGCAGCGCGCAGACAGACCGAUGGUGUGGUCAAGAGGGGAGCCGGGCUUCACAGCCACCUCUGAUCUGUCUUUCCCCAUAACACCUCAUUCUCUCUAAGGCAAUUUUCAAACCGGAUACUCACUUCUGGGGGUUCUCAAAGACAUAGCAAGGGGUAAUGGGGGUACCUAUUUCACCGCAAAACAGGAUACAAGAAUAAAUUGUCCAGAUGCCCAGCCUCCAUGUGUUCUCUCCUCCAGUUGAUUUGCCUGGUGUGAAACUGUCAUGCCAGGUCUCCUCCCCCUGCCCCCCGGCCCUUUUCACUCCCCUCUACCGCUUCACCCCAGAGAUGCCACCCAUCUCACCCAGACCCGUAUUACCUCCAGGGCAUCAGAGUUAGAGGCAAAUUAAAAUUAUUAGUAUCCUCAAAGCCUCAUUUAAUCAAGGCCCCAAGAACCAUCCGUUCUCAUUAAGAUACGUCUCCAAUACAAUUUUAGUUUAUUAUUAAUUAUCAAAAUGUGUGUAAUGUUUGUUGCACUAAUAAUACAUUUUGUACUACUUACAAUAUUAUGAAAAUUCAAUUCAGAAGAAAAAAUUUUUAACUUUUAGGGCGUUAUGGUCACAGGGAAUGUUUAAAAAUUGUUUCAAAUUAUAUACUUUUUUUUUUCAGAGAAGUGUGAUCAAUAAAAGACUUUCAGGCAUAAAAACAUAUUAGGAUAAAUACUGUAGGGAAAGUAGAAUAGAAAUAUAAUUUCUGACUAUUAAGGUCUUGUCACAUGUUUUUUAAAUGGAUAAUAGGUAUAUAAUCACUGUAGUGUUUAGAUUCCAUUGGAUAUAUUUAAAAAGUGAUAUAAAUAGCUUUAUUUUUGAAUGUGAGUAUGUACAAUACACUGGAAAUUAUGUCCUUUGCAACUAUUUAAAAUUACAAUGAAAAUGUGUCUUGUCAACGUAAAAAUGUGUGAGGGGUUCUGUUGGUCUUCAUGCAUAAGGUCCCUGAGCAGGAUCUAUGCCAAGGUUUGAGCUUUAGGAUCUGCAAGGAACCCGAUGGACUAAUCCAUCUCGAUCAGUUUGCAGAUGAGGGCCCCGGAGACCAAGGAGGGUUAGUUGAUUUUCCCAGUGCCAUACAGUUGGGCCUAGAACCCAGGUGUCCUUGCUUGCUCAUUCCUUUCGCUACUUCCUGGACCUCCACUGUGCCCUGAAGUCCCACCACCAGUUUUGAAGAAUGGGGAAGGAAGACAAAAGGGAUCUCAAGACAGUUACUGAAUAGCAGGGAUAUCCCUGGGGUAGGUUACUCUCCCCUCUGUGGCUCCAGCCCCAGUGGCCAGGCUGGGAGGCCAAGUCUUUUGUGCAGCUGAGGCCCAGGAUAAUUGAUUGGAUGUCACAACCUAAGGUCCAUGGACUCCAGCCUGGGGGUUUUCCUUCUAGGGUCUCCUCCGCCCCCUCUCACCUGGGAGUAAACCUGAUCUUUGGGGUUCUGAGAGUCCAGCCUGGGCCACCACCGUCUCAUACAGUACACCUCCCCUGGGACACUUGAAUUUCAUCUAUUGGCCAUCAUAAUAAAUAUACCAAGGAAUGGUCCCCCUUUAGAUCUGAUGUCUUGUGCAUUGCACAACCACCACGGUUUACACAGCACUCCUGGGGCCAAACUAACCCCUCAGACCAGACAGGAGCUGGGGCUGGGCCAAGUCCCUGGGGUCACCGUGCACUAAAGUGGCUAACCCUGCUGAUAUGCCUCCCAGGCCUGAGUUGGACACAGUGCCAUGCACAGCCAUCUGCAGUGGUGGGCUCUCAUGCUCAGAACUCAGGAGACAGGCUGGACCACACCAGUGAUGAGGCAGACACAGAUUUUUUUAAUGACUACCAAGGUUUGGUUAGUUUUAUCUUCCCGACCCCUGAUUUCCCUGUGGAGCAAACACACAGUAAAGUUGGGGAGUGGUGGGGGUGACUGACCAAACAGAGGCAGACCCAAGCAGGCUGUGGACAAAGACAGCCCUGAACAGCAGGCCUGGCCCUGAAACAUGAACUAGAACAUGGUUGGAGCUGGGGACACAGACCUAAGAGGGUCAAGGGUACACAGGACUAACAAGAAAGGACACAGGCUGCUGUCAGGACACAUACCCGAAGCUAGGACCCUGCUGAGUGGCAGCCCUCUGCCCUGGCCCCUCACUGCCCCCCGCCCCUCUCCCCCGCCUGCCAGCUGCCAACAGAACUCUGCUCUGUGUCUGCCACACCUGUCACUGCCUGUCCUUGUCCAGGGGGUGCCCCAUCAGCCCCUCCUCAGCCGCCCAGCAGAGCAAGCAGUUAGUGGGGAGGGGAGGGAACAUGGAGUGGGGGCCGGUGGUGGGGGCAGGGCCGGGGGCCGGGGCCCGAAUCCGGGCAGUACUGGGCUGCCUGGUCAAGGUGCUGCUCUGGGUGGCCUCUGCUUUGCUGUACUUUGGAAGUGAACAAGCUGCUCGCCUCCUGGGCAGCCCCUGCUUGCGGCGCCUCUACCACGCCUGGUUGGCAGCAGUGGUCAUCUUUGGGCCCCUUCUGCAGUUCCACGUCAACCCUCGGACUAUCUUCGCCAGCCACGGCAACUUCUUCAACAUAAAGUUUGUGAAUUCAGCGUGGGGCUGGACAUGCACCUUCCUGGGGGGCUUCGUGUUGCUGGUAGUUUUCCUGGCUACAAGGCGUGUAGCAGUGACUGCCCGGCACCUGAGCCGGCUGGUGGUGGGGGCAGCUGUGUGGCGGGGGGCCGGCCGGGCCUUCCUGCUCAUUGAGGACCUGACGGGCUCCUGUUUCGAGCCUCUGCCCCAGGGCCUGCUGCUCCACGAGCUGCCCGACCGCCGCAGCUGCCUGGCGGCCGGCCACCAGUGGCGGGGCUACACCGUUUCCUCCCACACCUUCCUGCUCACCUUCUGCUGCCUGCUCAUGGCCGAGGAAGCGGCAGUGUUCGCCAAGUACCUGGCCCACGGGCUGCCCGCCGGUGCGCCCCUGCGCCUCGUCUUCCUACUCAACGUGCUGCUGCUGGGCCUCUGGAACUUCUUGCUGCUCUGUACUGUCAUCUAUUUCCACCAGUAUACUCACAAGGUGGUGGGUGCCGCCGUGGGCACCUUUGCCUGGUACCUCACCUACGGCAGCUGGUAUCACCAGCCCUGGUCUCCAGGGAGCCCGGGCCACGGGCUCUUCCCUCACCCACACUCCAGCCGCAAGCACAACUGAAAGAAAUAAAAACACAUCAGGCCUG